GGGUCGUUGCCAUGUCUUCCUCGUCACUCAGCUGAACAUGUGUUUGUGCGUGUUCUGUUCAACCUCUUUCAUUCUAUAGAUGCUCUUCUUCCUUCUCCGAAUAGCAGAGCAGAGCAGCACACAUAUGUGCAUUCAUCCAUCCAGCGUCACUCAUACGUCGUCUCUUCUUCAAUUCAAGUUCAUUCGUUCUCUUCUCCAUGGCUCCCCUCGACGUAUUGCUCGGGCUUCUUCUCCUCUCUUCACUGCACACUCCUUCAUGUUCCGCUGCCACAAAUGGUGAUACUCUCACGGCAGGCCAAGGGCUCGCCGUCGGUGAUAUGCUCGUCUCGAGAAAUGGCAAGUUCGCGCUCGGCUUCUUCCAGCCAACAACAACAGGCAUCAGUAAGUCCGACAACACCUCCCCCAACUGGUACCUUGGCAUUUGGUUCAAUAAGAUCCCGGUUUUUACCACUGUGUGGGUUGCUAAUAGGGAGGAGCCAAUCACUGGCCCCAUGCUCAAGCUAACACAACUGAAAAUCUCAAGCGAUGGCAAUCUUGCCAUCGUAAACCAUACCGGUACAGAAUCCAUAAUCUGGUCCACUCACAUUGUCAAUAGGACAGGAACCAGCUUGAACACCACUAGUGCCGUUCUCUUGAACACUGGAAACCUUGUCCUCGUCGAAAGCCCAUCAACUAAUGUAACGUUGUGGGAGAGCUUUGACUAUCCAACAGAUGUUUGGCUUCCUGGCGCCAAGUUUGGCCGGAACAAGGUCACCGGCUUCAAUCGCCAGUUCAUCUCAAGGAAGAGCCUCAUCGAUCCGGGUCUCGGCUCAUACUGCGUUGAACUAGACACCAGCGGGGUGGUCCUCAAGCACCGCUACCCUGUUGUAGUGUAUUGGUCUUGGGCAUCAGGAAAAUCAUCAUUGAAACUUAUACAAGUACUCAAGACGAUGGUAGACAUGAAUCAGCAGACCAGAGGUCUGAUUAACCCGGCAUAUAUUGAUAACAGUGAAGAGGAGUACUACAUAUACACUUCACCGGAUGAAUCAUCUUCCAUAUUUGUCCCACUAGACAUCUCUGGUCAGAUCAAGUUGAAUAUUUGGUCACAAGACAGACAGUCUUGGCAAACAAUAAAUACCCAACCUGCUGAUCCCUGCACUCCAUAUGCUGCCUGUGGAGCUUUCACGGUCUGCAACGGCAAUUCACGUCCAUUCUGCGAUUGUAUGGAGAGCUUCUCUCAGAAGUCAGCUCGGGAUUGGGAGCUUGAUGAUCGAACAGGGGGCUGCAUCAGAAAUACUCCAUUGCAUUGCACUAGUAACAAAAACAUGACAAGUUCAACAGACAUGUUCCACCCAAUCGCUCAUGUUACAUUGCCCUAUAAUCCCCAAAGCUUAGACGUUGCUACCAUUCAGAGAAAAUGCGAAGAAUCUUGUCUUAAUGAUUGCUCCUGCACUGCUUAUUCCUAUAACAAUAGCAGAUGUUCUAUCUGGCACGGGGAAUUGCUUAGCGUAAAUCUGAAUGAUGGCAUUGAUAAUAAUUCUGAAGAUGUUCUUUACCUUCGUCUUGCGGCCAAAGAUUUGCAAAGUUUGAGAAAAGACAAAAGAAAACCAAGCAUUGAACUUGUUACUGCUGCAAGCAUUAUUAGUUUCGGGUUACUAAUGUUCAUGCUGUUGUUAGUGAUUUGGAGGAACAAGUUCAAGUGGUGUGGUGCGCCAUUAUACUACAAUCAAGAAAGUGGUGGAAUUAUAGCCUUUAGAUACACUGAUUUAGAUCGUGCUACUAAAAACUUCUCAGAAAAGCUGGGAGGUGGUGGUUUUGGUUCUGUAUAUAAGGGAGUGUUAAGUGACUCAACUACUAUAGCAGUGAAAAGGCUUGAUGGUGCCAGUCAGGGAGAGAAGCAAUUCAGGGCUGAGCUGAGCUCAAUUGGAUUGAUCCAACAUAUCAACCUAGUCAAAUUGAUUGGUUUCUGCUGCGAAGGUGAUACUAGGUUACUUGUGUAUGAAUACAUGUUAAAUGGAUCUCUUGAUGCCCAUCUAUUUAAGAGCAAUGUUGUUGUCCUAAAUUGGAACAGCAGGUAUCAAAUAGCUCUAGGAGUUGCUAGAGGAUUGUCAUACUUGCAUCAGAGUUGCCACGAAUGCAUCAUACAUUGUGAUAUUAAGCCAGAAAACAUACUGCUCGAUGCCUCAUUUAUUCCUAAAGUUGCAGACUUUGGGAUGGCAGCAUUUGUAGGAAGGAAUUUUAGCCGAAUUCUGACUACAUUCAGAGGAACUGCAGGGUAUCUUGCCCCAGAGUGGCUUAGUGGAGUUGCUAUUACACAAAAAAUUGAUGUUUACGCCUUCGGUAUGGUACUGUUGGAAAUCAUAUCAGGAAGGAGGAAUUCACCUGAAGCAUACACAAGCAACAGUUAUCAUGUUGAAUAUUUCCCUGUGCGAGCCAUCACCAUGCUUCACAAGGGAGAUAUGCGGAGUUUGGUAGAUCCAAAAUUACAUGGUGACUUCAAUUUGGAACAGGCUGAAACGGUUUGCAAAGUUGCAUGUUGGUGCAUCCAAGAUAAUGAGUUUGAUCGGCCAACCAUGGGUGAAGUGGUGCGGUAUCUUGAGGGUCUACAGGAGAUUGAUAUGCCUCUUAUGCCAAGGCUACUUGCAGCUAUAACGGAACGCUCUGAUGCAACUUUAUUGUAACAGUUCAUAAAUAUUUCGCAGUCGAUGUUACUAAUCUUUGUUUCCACAAAUUUUGAAGUUGUAACCUGGAGCGUUAGGAAUAAAGGAAGGCAAGCCUGCGAUUGCUAAAUUGUAUCUUAUUUACUUUUUUAAUGGCCAAUUAUGAUAAGAAAGCGUUGUAGAAAAAUAUGGCGGAAGUAAAAAGAUGUGUAUGUUUUGUUGAUUGGGCAGGUGAUGUAUAUC